CUACCAUUGGCAUCGAUUUCCUGUCGAAGACAAUGUACCUGGAGGACCGGACGGUACGGCUGCAGCUGUGGGACACAGCGGGUCAAGAAAGGUUCCGUUCUCUCAUACCUUCUUACAUUCGAGACUCAACUGUGGCGGUCGUUGUUUAUGAUAUUACAAACGCGAACUCAUUCCAUCAGACAUCGAAAUGGAUCGACGAUGUGCGCACGGAGCGUGGCUCUGACGUCAUCAUCAUGCUGGUGGGAAACAAAACUGAUCUUUCGGAUAAGAGACAGGUGUCUACUGAAGAUGGGGACCGGAAGGCGAAGGAGCUCAAUGUUAUGUUCAUUGAAACCAGCGCUAAGGCUGGAUACAAUGUUAAACAGUUAUUCCGGCGGGUAGCGGCCGCACUGCCAGGCAUGGAUUCAGCGGAAAGCAAGCCCCCCGAAGACAUGCAAGAGGUGAUCCUGCGCCAGGCGCCUGGUGACAACAAGGAACCGGACGGCGGCUGUGCCUGUUAACCUUACCACAUUCGGGCCUAACGCGAAUUGAUGACUGUGCGUGUGGUGUCAGAAGUCUGCU